AUGCAGAUCCAGCGAGGGGAUGUUCAACCUGGAAGCUCGAAUAGAAGACGCAAAAAAAUGCGCAUAAGUAGCGAAAAUAUGAUUCGAGUCAAUCCUCUCGAAGAGGAAUUCGGCACCUCAAGUGAUUCUGGUGAAGGUGUCUGGAGGCUACUCAGUGAAGAAGUCGCAGCACACAUAGAUGACAGUGUUGUGUCGCUUGCUUCAUUCCAUAAAGACAACGCAAAGUCGGUUUAUUUUGCGUGCACGGGCAUAAUUAUUGAGAGCAAUUCAACUAUUACAAGUUUCUUGACUUCGUUAAGUUUGCUUAGAUCUAUUGAUGAUGAUAGCAAGAUCUUUCAAGACAUGAUGAUUGAAGUGCGCCUUCCAAAUAAUCAUCUUUCAAUGGGAUGGUUGGAAUACUAUGACUUAAAAUACAAUGUUGCUGUUAUCAGCAUCGCGCCCUUCCAUGUUUUUCGCGCAGCAUUUGUAGAUCAUCAGCGGCAAUUUGAGUCUCAUAGUGAAGUAGUUGCUGUUGGGCGUUGCUUCGACUCAGGCAAAUUAAUGGCCACAACUGGGAUGUUGACUGACAAUGGGAAGAGAAUUUACCGCGAGGAGCUUGCGAUCUCCACAUGUGAAAUUACUAUGACUGGAGUUGGAGGGCCCCUUGUUGAUUUUAACGGUGACUUUGUCGGGAUGAACUUUUAUUCUAAGGAAGAGACUCCGUUCCUACCAAGGAAUAAAAUUCUUGAGCUUCUGAUGCAUUUUAGGAGAACAUCCCCGUGCUGGGACACAAGUAAGAAAAGAGGUAGUAAAACUGAAAGAGGCGCAAGCAAGGCACAAAUGUCUCCUGAAUCUCACAAGUCCGAUUUAGAAGGCAGCUCAAGGCAGGAGAUGAAAAAUAAAAACCAGAAACCUACCAUAUGUACUAUAUGUGACCCAGAACUUAAUUCAGGACUUGAGGAUACAUUACUAGAGAGUCUGCCUUCUAUUCGCCGGUGGCCAUAUGACUGGGGUCUUGUAUCUUUGGAUGCUAGAAGAGAUAAGUUUAGGUUCCGUGGUUACCCCUUACCAGUUUUGGAGGACAAUGGCAAGCGUCUGCGUUAUAGUUUUGAGGAGGAGUUUAGUGAAGAUAUCUGGAACAAACUCUCAGAAAGAGCAGCUUCAAAUAUGUCCCGAGUUGUUGUAGCACUCGCUUCAUUCAGUGGAGAAGCGAGACUUUUUGCUUGCACAGGUGUAUUCAUAGACAGCAAUGGGUUCACCACAAGAGUUCUAACCUCAGGAAGUUUGGUUAGAAGUAAUGACGAUGAAAGCAAGGUUGCUGAUAACUUAAAGAUUGAAGUGCACCUUCCAGAUAAACGACAUGUCACAGGGAUUUUGCAACAUUACGAUCUGCAUUAUAAUGUCGCUGUCAUCAUCAUCGAAAAACUUCGCUGUACUCGGACAGCAAUUAUCAACAAUAAGGUUGAAACUGGCACUCACUCGCCGGUAUUAGCUAUAGGGCGUGUCUAUGAAUCAGGCAAAUUAAUGGCAGCAAGUGGGAUAGUGAUCAACAAAGAAAGUAAACUCGAUUGCAAAGAUCUUAGGAUCUCCACUUGUCAAAUCACUAAGGCUGGGAUUGGGGGCCCUCUUAUUGAUUCUGAUGGGAACUUUAUUGGCAUGAACUUCUAUGGCUUGGAAGAAACUCCCUACAUGCCACGGGAUACAAUUGUGAAACUCUUGGGGAAUUUUGAUGCAAAAGGGACUGCUGAUUUUACCAAAGUUCCCGCACCAAACAGGUUUUUAAAAUAUUAUUAUGCAUUCAACAAGACCUUGAUUCAGAUAUGCACUAUUCAUGGACUUACUUAUGAUUUCAUCAUAACAGAUGGCCUGUGCCUAAGCCAUAUUGGUGCUAUCCGGUGUGGCAUGAACGGAAGGAAGGAACAGACUUGCUGGAAUUUCUUGAACAAGAAUUUCGCUAUGACUAAUGUGAAUUUUAUUGCCAUGCCUAUAUUGUCAACCUGCUGA